CCCCCUCAACUUCUUCAGACACUCCCAAUUUUCUCUAUGCAGCACUACCACCCUCAAUCCCAUAUCGCCGCCACCCCCGGUGGCGCCGGCAGCGUCAUUUCUGACGCCAAACGGGGUAAAAAGCGCGGCAGUUAUAACUGUGGGCGCUGCGGUCUUCCGAAGAAGGGCCAUGUCUGCCAUCUAACAACGCCCACAUCUGCUCCUGCUACCACUCCUGCUGAUGCAUCGGUAUCGAGUUUUCCUGCCAUUUCCGGCCCUUCAUCUGUCAGCGCAGCUCGUGAGCCGCCGCCACGGCAGCCUUACUCCCGCCUCCGUCGCGCGUUAUCAUUCGAGGACGUCGAUGACCAUACCAACGGAUUUGAUCCGUCGGAGUUGUCCGACGGAGAGGAUCUAGAUCUGUUUAUUGACCCAGAGCCGGAUCUAGAUUCGUCCGGGUUGCCGGUAAACCUUUUGUGGGAAGUGUUGAAGAGGCUGCCGCCGACGGGACUGUUGUCAGCGGCGAGGGUAUGCAGGGGAUGGAGGGAUAUGACGAGAAGGCUGUGGAGGGCAGCGGAAGAGCUUAAACUCAGGGUUCCAGCAGGCGUUCAGCUGGGAUUUGUUGCAUCGAUGCUGCAGAAGUGUCCGGGGGUCGUGAAGCUCUCUCUUAAAAUGGAAAGCGAUUUGGAUUCAACCAUGCUGGCCUGCAUUGCAUUCUCAUGCCCUAAUCUGGAGUCCAUGGAGAUAUCGACAUCUAAUACUGCAAUCAAUCGGAUCAAUGGGGAUGAAUUAAGUCGAUUUGUUGCUGAUAAACGAAGCCUGAAAUGCCUCAAGAUGGAAGGUUGUCAUAAUCUGGGGGGUUUUGUUCUCUGUUCCUCUAGUCUUUCAACACUUUGGCUAUCGGAUCUCCAUUCUCUUUCUAAGAUGGUAUUUAACUGUCCCCAGCUGAGAGAGAUAUCAUUGGAAUUUUCUCGACAAGAAAAUGAAGCUACCGAUAUCACUACUAUGGUUGAAAAUUUGGGACGAACUUGCCCCAGGUUGCAAAACAUACAUAUAGCUUCAAUGCGGCUUUCUAAUGCUGCUGUGCUUGCUCUAACGGCUGCUCAGUUGAGAGGGCUGCGAAUGCUUUCUCUAGUUCUUGGAUUUGAAGUUACUGAUGCAUCUGUUGCUGCGAUUGCUUCCAGCUAUCCAAAUCUAGAAUUGCUUGAUCUCAGUGGAUCAAGCAUCAGUGACAGUGGAAUUGGGAUAAUCUGUAACGCCUUCCCUGAAACAUUGUCAAGGCUUCUCCUUGCUCUUUGCCCUAACGUGACCUCAAGUGGCAUUCAAUUUGCUUCAGCUCAAUUGCCGGUUCUUGAACUUAUGGACUGUGGCAUGACCAUAUGUGAUCCUAAUUCGGAAAAUCAAACUGCUGAUGAAAACAACUGCAAAUCACUGGAGACAUCCAAUUCUAAUCUUCACCUUGUGAAUCAGAAGUUAAUUAUCAAACAUAACCGAUUGAAGAAACUAAGUUUAUGGGGCUGUUCUGGCUUAGAUGCUCUAUACUUAAACUGUCCACAGCUCAAUGAUCUGAACCUAAAUUCGUGUAAAAAUUUGCAUCCAGAGAGAUUGUUGCUUCAGUGCCCUAGUCUAGAAAACGUACAUGCAUCAGGUUGUCAGGACAUGCUAAUUGGGGCUAUUCAAAGUCAGGUCUGCAAUGCUUUUACCGCUAUGGAAAACCUAUCACCUUGUAAACGUCUACCUGAUGGCUCCAAAAGAGUUAGGGUCCCGCAUUUUCUCAGUAGUGAGUUGCCUCAUGACGGGAAAAAGAGGAGGAGGGCUGAGAAAAGGCUCUGCAAUGUCCAUGUCGACUGAUUUUGCUGAUACAUGUUCAAUAUCUUGUUUGUUGUAUUUUAAACUCCAAAGGCUGUAUCCCAUAGGCGCGGAUCAGGUCAUAUCAUACUCAGUCUUUUCCGGUUAGGGUAUGAAAUUGUUCCCUUAGCAUUGCUCAUUUUAUGUUAAACAUGUUGAGCAUCAUAAUUGCUGAGUUACAUGGACGUCGGAUGAUUGCCUCAAUUUUUUUGUAAUAAGAUCUCAUCUCUUUUCUUUUCAA